AAUAUAUUGAACACAUACAGCGGCAUGAAUAACAAACCCGAUUCGAAACCAGACGAUGCGUUGUGCGCGGCGCAUAAGGAAGAAAUUGACACGAUUCUAUCGUGUCUAUUGAAUAGCGUAACGAGUAGAACGAUAACAGGCUUUGCUAGAGACGCAAUAAUAGAACUUAUUAUGCGUAAUAUUCAUUGCGUAACUGCAUUAGACUGGGCCGAACGAUUUGUCGAACUUCGCGGUUUGCAAAAAUUAAUGGAGGUGGCCGGUGAAAUGGAGGGAUACAAAUGCAAUUCCUCGAUGGACAUCACAUCUUCCACACUAACUAAAACCAGUAUGUGUUUGACAAAAAUAUAUGAAAACAUGUACUAUGAUGCUGCUAAGGAAAAAUUUAUCAACGCCAUUGAAGAAUUUAUUAAAGAUAAAUUGCUUUCACCUGACACAGAAUCCAAGGUGCGUAUAGUACUUGCGAUAACAACUUUAAUAUUCGGCCCGCUAGACGUUGCGGACGUAAUUAUCUGUAAAAAAGAAGUUAUUGGGUUGAUCCUUGCUAUGGCGAAAACGGAUGACGUACUGCAACAGAAAGUGGUUUGCGAAUGUAUCGCUGCCGCUAUAACCAAUUGUAACAAGGGCAACAUAUUUAUAUGGCGAGGACGAAAUAUAUUGCAGAACCUGUAUUAUUCUAAGCAUGAUUCAAUUCGGAUUCGAGCGUUAGUGGGUUUAUGCAAGUUAUCCAAUUUCGAAGACGUACUCUGCACUCCGACUAUCAAACUGUUCCCACAUGGAGCGGCGAAGGAAUUGGCCAAGGUUUGCAGACGAUUCUUGAUCAAUUAUAAGAAAGAAGAAGAUAUGAUAAAAUGGGCCUUAAAAGGCCUGUCGUACCUCACUUUCGACGACGACGUCAAAGACGAGUUGAUCGAGGACCAACAAGCCAUUCGAGCAAUGAUGGAGCUCACCAAGACUGGUGAUCAGUCGAUUUCCUACGGCGUGCUUGUAACGUUGAUAAAUUUGUGCAACGCUUAUGUCGAGGAAGAACACAUACCCGAGAUUUUAGAAUUGAUAACGAUUGUCACACAUCAUUUUCCCGAGAAACACCUUGUGGUCGACGACGAAAACGACGCCAGAAUAAGAAGAAGACUAUGCAUGUUAGCGAAAGCCGGUAUGACCAGCAUUCUAGUGAACCUCUCCAAAACGGAAAGCCGAAAUAUUAAGGAAUUGACAGCCACCGUUCUCAGCGCGAUAUGCCUUCCAGAGGAAAUUAGAGAAAUAGUUGUUCAACAAGGCGGCACAAAGGCAUUAUUGUCAUUAGCGCAGGAUGGCACAUACAAGACAAAGAAGGAAGCUUCGCGAGCCCUGGUUCAUCUAGCACACACGUUACCUCCUGAGGUUGCAUUUCCUGGUCAGAUAAUCAUGGAGGUUGUUCGGCCGAUGGUAAAUCUCCUGAACCCAGAGUGUUCCGUUGGCGAGAAUUGCGAGACUGUAACAGCUCUGUGCAAUCUUGCUCAAGUCAGCGACACCAUGAGAGGAAAUAUAUUCAAGGAGGGAGUGUUUCAGAAGAUCGAGGCCUUCCUGUACGGGAAACAACACAUACUUUUGAAAAUGGCGUCUUUAGCACUUAUCCGUAAUUUGUUAUCAAACCAUGAAGUCGCUAUCCAAUAUUUCGAGGAGGACAAAUCUGGAGUUAAGCAUCUUAUGUCACUGUGCAAGGACAAGAAUCAAGAUACUAAGCUCGCAGCAGCUGAAAUUCUAAUGGCGCUGACGGCGGCCAACAGAGAGGCGUGCAAGAAAGUUUUUGACUCGAAUUCCUGGUUGAAAUCCCUACGCCUUUUACUCACGAAUCCAGAGGAGAGGAUACAAGAAAGGGGUAUUAUAAUUGUGGUAAAUAUGUUGAGAAGCUCGAAAGACGUCGCUGUAAAACUCAUUGAAACAGACAUAAUGAAAAUACUGACGGUAUUGACCAAAAAUGAUACCGUGCCAAUCAAUAUCAAGGAAUUGGCAUCCGUUGCUUUAAAGGAAGCUGCAGACGAUCCGGUAACGAAGAACGUCGACGAGCAAUCAUCGUCACUAUCGAACGGGAAUGUGAUAGAGCACGUCUAUCAGGACAAUUGGACCUUCUAAGCCGUUUGCAGAGAGACUUAUGGGCAUAUGAACUUGUUGAGAAUGUACCCACCAACGUAGACUCAGAAAUCGCAAAAAUACUAGAGGGAAUU